GUGGAGGCAGUAGUAAGUCAGGCCUAUCUUGACCGCUGGCUCCAGGGAGAUCUUCUGUGUGUGUCUGCCCAGAUCGAAGAUGGCGGUGUCGGUGUUCCCAGGCGUGCGCCUGCUCUCCAUCGGAGACGCCAACGGAGACAUACAGAGACAUUCAGAGCAGCAGCCUCUGCGGCUAGAAAUCAAGAUCAACCAGGACGUGGCUCUCAUAAGCCUCUCGAACAAUGAGGAGACGUGCGUCUUUAAGUGUUCAGUAUCACGAGAGACUGAAUGCAGUCGUGUUGGGAAGCAGUCCUUCAUCAUUACUCUGGGCUGUAACAGUGUCCUCCUGCAGUUUGCAUCUCCAGGAGAUUUCUCGUCGUUCUAUAACCUCCUGAAGAACUGUCGUGGACACGGGGGUGAACACUCGGUCUUCAGUGAGAGGACGGAGGAGUCCUCAGCUGUACAGUAUUUCCAGUUUUAUGGCUACCUCUCUCAACAACAAAACAUGAUGCAGGAUUACGUGCGAACUGGAACAUAUCAACGGGCCAUCCUCCAGAAUCACACUGACUUCAAGGAUAAAGUGGUGCUGGAUGUAGGCUGUGGCUCUGGGAUUCUGUCCUUUUUCGCAGCUCAGGCUGGUGCUCGUAAAGUGUAUGCUGUGGAGGCCAGUACCAUGGCUCAACAUGCAGAGGUUCUUGUGAACAGUAACAGGCUGUCAGAGCGUGUUGUGGUGAUUCCUGGGAAAGUGGAGGAGGUGUCUCUACCUGAGCAGGUGGACAUAAUCAUCUCUGAACCCAUGGGCUACAUGCUGUUCAACGAAAGGAUGCUGGAGAGCUACCUGCAUGCCAAAAAGUACCUCAAGCCCAACGGCAAAAUGUUUCCCACAAUCGGAGACGUGCACCUCGCCCCUUUCACAGAUGAGCAGCUUUAUAUGGAGCAGUUUACAAAGGCCAAUUUCUGGUACCAGCCGUCCUUCCAUGGGGUGGAUCUGUCUGCGCUGAGAGGAGCUGCAGUAGACGAAUACUUCAGACAGCCGAUUGUGGACACGUUUGAUAUCAGGAUCCUGAUGGCCAAAUCAGUGAAGUACACAGUGAACUUUUUAGAAGCUAAAGAAGAGGAUCUUUACAAGAUAGAGAUCCCCUUCAAAUUCCACAUGAUGCACUCAGGGCUUGUUCAUGGGCUGGCUUUUUGGUUUGAUGUCGCAUUCAUUGGAUCAGCGAUGACGGUGUGGCUCUCCACGGCCCCCACAGAGCCCCUCACUCACUGGUACCAGGUGCGCUGUCUGCUGCAGUCCCCUCUCUUUGCCAAGGCAGGGGACACCAUGUCAGGCACCGCACAUUUAAUCGCCAACAAGAGACAGAGCUAUGACAUUAGUAUUGUUGCUCAAGUGGACCAGACCGGCUCCAAGUCCAGUAAUCUGCUUGACCUCAAGAACCCCUUCUUCCGGUACACGGGCACAACACCGGCCCCUCCUCCAGGUUCACACUACUCCUCCCCGUCGGAGAACAUGUGGAACACUGGGGGAACCUACAGCAUGAACCAAGGGAUGCCCACAGCCUAUGAUCUCAGCACCGUCAUUGGCGGCAGCGGGACUACAGUGGCCCACAACAACCUCAUCCCCAUUGUGAACACGGGGAUUGUGAAUCACACUCACUCCAGAAUGGGUUCAAUAAUGAGCACGGGAAUCGUCCAGGGGGCCACGACUGCCCAGCAGGGUCCUAGCAGCAGCAGUCCGUAUUACCCCAUCACCAACCAGUUCACCAUGGGCGGCCCGGCUAUCUCCAUGGCAUCUCCUAUGGCUAUCCCCAGCAACACCAUGCACUACGGGAGCUAAGACCAAGGGACGGCCUCUGCAUAUCCAGUUACCCCCCACCUCCACCCACCCCAACCCCUGCAAACUGACCACAGCCAAAUUCAGAAUACCAAAACCAAUGCACCAGUCUCUGACCAUCACUUUAUAGUCUCUUUCGCUCUCUAUAUAGAUAUACAUGUAUACGUAUGUAUAUAUAUUCUAAACCGUUUCUUUCACUGGUGUUAUAUUCUUUACAUAUCCGUCCCGUGGCCCUAUAACGUUAACGUGCGCAGGAAUUCAGCGAGUUUACAGGUCUGAGGUGUAUCAUUGUUGCUCUUCCCCGAUCACACACAGCGCCUGCUCCACAACCAGCCACUAGGAGGCAGCACUUGUCUGUAAGCAUGCUGGAAAAGCACAAACCAGAGACUCGACGAAAAGGACUCUGACGACGGGACACAUUUCGAUUUUUUUUUUAUGUGUAUAUAUAUAUAAAUGCUUUACAAAUGUGCACAUGUUCCCCCUUACUUCAUGAACUCACACUUUUUUUAAGCCGCAUAAAUGCCAUCAUUGACUAUUGAUAUGAAUUUGAGAUCUAUUGCAGGAUCUUGCCACUGUCCCUAACGGCUCCGGCUCCAAUGAACCUUCACUUCACCUUCGGCUCUUUUACGUUUACAGUGAAAUUGACUGGCUCUCUCAUCUCGAUUCUCUCGGCAUGGGCUUCUGACGGCCAUCUCGACUCGCCAGAAGAAACGGACACAUGCUCGCAAAGUUCAUUACGACCACUAGCUAGUGCUGGAUCCUGCCUGUAGACAACCGUAGUGUAGAUAGAGACCGUCUGACUUUCAUUCCAUUUCUGACUGUGUUUUUUUAAUGUAGUGCAGUCCCAGGUUAGUGUGUCGCUUGGUGUUCCCUGAAUCAUGAGCGUGGGUUAUCGAGACCGCGUCAGUCAACCUCCAAGUCCAUAUACGUUAUAAAUUGGAGGAUUCAUUGUUAGUCAAUUAUAAGGACACAGAGGUUUUAGGAAUAAGAAAACCAGCACCGAAACUCUCCAUUAUCAGACGAGGAGGACGACGGCGUGCAGGGAAGGACAGUCGGCACUGUGGGGAGGAAGACAAACAGUGAGGUCCGUGGACACACACUGACAGUAUCCUAGUUUACAUCCCCUCAAACCUUUAUCUCGUCAGCUUCUGUGUGUUGUGAGACCUGCUGAGGAGAGGAGGAGAUCCAGCUAUAGUUUUCCUCCCCUCUCGGGGGUAUGAUAUGAUGAUAGCCCCAUCCAAGACUUUGAAGUCCUAUUCAACGCUUCCAGUCAACCUUUUUUUUUUUUUAGUUAAUUCAGUUUGAUUUAGCAACUUUCAUAAGAUCACGAGAAGAAAACAACCAUUGUCUCCUAGUUUGUAGUAUUGAGUUUGUUUUUGUUUUCUUUCAAAAAAAAAAAAAGCAACAGACAAAAUGAGGAGCAAAUUAAAUGUUGAUGGGGAAGUCCCUAA